UUUUUUUUUUUCUUUCUUUGCAUACUUUGUUAAAAUGAAAAGUAUUUAUGAACAUCAUUGUGAAGUUGCUGGAAAUGCCAUUGCGAUAGUUGCUGGUUUAGGCAGCGGCACGUAUACGUCCAAGGAAACUGCCUAAUUAAUUUAACCAACGAAGAAGUCCGUCUUCGUAUUAAUAAUUGCUCAGUAGUCGAAGUUAAGCAUAUUUAUAAACAUAAAAAAAACGGAUAUGCUCAUCUUCAUUUUGAUAACUUAACUGAUUCCAGUAAGUUUUUUUAUACUUACUGUAUAAAUAUGAAUAUCUUUUGCCCAUUGUUUCCUCUUGAAGUCAGGCCAGCUCUGAUAAGAGGGGAAGCUGUUUCAUAUGACGAAGUCAUAAGAAGCAUCUCAGAUGAGGGUGAUCCUCAAAUGAGCAUUUUAUGCAAUUGUCAAUCCUUGGCUGCCUCCAUUAAUCAGCAAGCAGACACUUAUUGAGCCUACACCCACUUUGGUACUUCCUACUACUAAAAAUAAAUCAGAAGCUGCAUGGAAAACAUAUCUAAAACGAUCAAUUGAAGCCUUGGAAGUAGAUUUAAAGCAAAAGGAACUGGAAGCUCAAAUUAUUAAAAAAAAAAAAAUAAAUAAAAAUAUUAAAGGAACAGUUGUGAUACUUUUCCCAACUUUGUUAUUAUAUUAUGUAUAUUUAUUCCCUAACAUUCAUAAUCUGAGUAAAAUAAAAACAGUGAUCUAUCGACCAAUACCGUUUAAUCUGUUCCCAUAAAUCUUUGGCUAGAUGUUCACAAAGAUGUACGACUAUCCAGAAACCAGGUUCAAAAUAUAAAAGAAAAUGGUUGUCACAGAAUGGAUGGCUGUGUUAUAGAACAAGCUCUGGAUAUGAGCACAAGUAAUAUUAUAAUAGAUGAAUUACAUAAUAAAAGAUAAAAUGUAAGCCUGAAUAUGAAAUAAAA